AUGAACGCGCACAUUUUGCGCACUCGAGUGAACCAGCUUUCCAGUGGAACAUUUCGUUAUUUUGGGCUCAAAUCGACUUGCAAAAAGGGGAAGCGCAGUUAUGCUUCGCUAGCGCGAUCAACCAGCCCCUGUUUAAAUAUUAAAGGGCUCUUUUGUGCCGGGGCUCUGCUGGUGCCUUUCCCCCUUGUGCACCACAGACCCGUGUGCUUCGGUGAAGGUACCCCGCACCGGGCCAUGUGUUUUGGGGACUGUGUGCCCCUCAGGCUCCGUCUGAAGUCCGAAGAGGAGCAGGGGGAGGCGCGGAGGACGCAGGCUGACAGACGCGGAUACAAUAGGACCCUGUGA